UGAACUGGUUCUGCUGCCGAAAGCCGAGCCCAGCUCUGGAGAAUUUCAGCCCCAAGGGUCAGAGUUUGACACUAAGCCAAGAGCUGGAAGCCGUGCAGGGCCCGGUGCUCUCUGAUCUCUGUAACUUCCCCUCACACCUGGCUCUGGGGCGGUUCACUUUGUGCCUCCAGGAGCGGAGGCUGCGCGCCAAGAACCGGGCUCCCUGGGGAGUGAAAGCCCCUUCCUAGUCUGGGCGCUGCGCUCGGGGGAUGCACAGCUCCGGCUCCCCGGCUGCCUCCGCCACCCCGCUCGGGCCCAGGAGCCAGGAGCACUUGGCUCAAGCCAGCAGCGAUCUGUAACCUGCGGGCUGCUCCGGAGCAGCGCUUGCAUGUGGCUCCGAGAACCAGAACCGCAGGCAGCUCCGGGUCUCACUCCGGCGUGGAGAUGCCAGUGAGCUUUACCACGGCCCUUCGUGUUUUUGGUACCAGCCUCUUCGCCUUGGUGGUGCUGGGAGGCAUCCUUGCAGCCUACAUCACUGGCUACCAGUUCAUCCACACCGAGAAGCACUACCUCUCCUUCGGCCUGUAUGGUGCCAUCCUGGGCCUGCACCUCUUCAUCCAGAGCCUCUUUGCCUUCCUGGAGCACCGGCACAUGCGGCUUGAGGGACGGCCCCUGAAGCUGCAGCGCUCCGUGGCGCUCUGCAUCGCUGCCUACCAGGAGGAUCCCGACUACCUGAAGAAAUGCCUGCACUCGGUGAAGCGCAUCUCCUUCCCCGACCUCCAGGUCGUGAUGGUGGUGGAUGGCAAUGGCCAGGAUGACACCUACAUGCUGGAGAUCUUCAAUGAGAUCCUGGGCUCUGAGAAAACGGGCUGCUACGUCUGGAAGAGCAACUUCCAUGAGAGGGGCGAGGGGGAGACGGACAGCAGCCUCCAGGAGAGCAUGGGGCACAUCCAGCAGCUGGUGCGGAACAGCACCUACUCCUGCAUCUUGCAGAAGUGGGGGGGGAAGCGCGAGGUGAUGUACACAGCCUUCCGAGCACUCGGGGACUCCGUGGACUACAUCCAGGUGUGUGACUCAGACACGGUCCUGGAUCCAGCCUGCACGGUGGAGAUGCUGCGCAUUUUAGAGGAGGAUCCACGGGUGGGCGCAGUUGGUGGGGACGUUCAGAUCCUCAACAAGUACGACUCGUGGAUCUCCUUCCUGAGCAGCGUGCGGUACUGGAUGGCCUUCAACGUGGAGCGGGCCUGCCAGUCCUACUUCGGCUGCGUCCAGUGCAUCAGCGGCCCCCUGGGCAUGUACCGGAACGCCCUCCUGCAGCAGUUCCUGGAGGACUGGUACAAUCAGAAGUUUCUUGGCAGCAAGUGCAGCUUUGGGGAUGACAGACACCUCACCAACCGUGUCUUGAGCCUCGGGUAUAGGACUAAGUACACCGCCCGUUCCAAGUGCCUGACCGAGACUCCCACCAAAUACCUCCGCUGGCUCAACCAGCAGACUCGCUGGAGCAAGUCCUACUUCAGGGAGUGGCUCUACAACGCCUUGUGGUUCCACAAGCACCACCUCUGGAUGACCUACGAGUCCGUGGUGACUGGCUUCUUCCCCUUCUUCCUCAUUGCCACGGUCAUCCAGCUGUUCUACCGCGGCCGCAUCUGGAAUAUCCUUCUCUUCCUCCUGACUGUGCAGCUGGUGGGGAUCAUCAAGGCCACCUAUGCCUGCUUCCUCCGGGGCAAUGCGGAGAUGAUCUUUAUGUCCCUCUACUCCCUGCUCUAUAUGUCCAGCCUCCUGCCAGCCAAAAUGUUCGCCAUCGCCACCAUCAACAAGUCAGGCUGGGGCACCUCUGGCCGCAAAACCAUUGUGGUCAACUUCAUUGGCCUCAUCCCGGUUUCUGUGUGGGUCGCUGUCCUGCUGGGAGGCCUGGCCUACACGGCGUACUGCCAGGACCUCUUCAGUGAGACGGACCUGGCCUUCCUCAUCUCCGGCGCCAUCUUGUACGGCUGCUACUGGAUGGGCCUCCUCACGCUCUACAUGGCCAUCGUUGCCCGGCGCUGUGGGAAGCAGCAGGAGCAGAGCAGCCUGGCUUUUGCCGAGGUGUGACAGGCGGGGGUGCUCUGGACGGAGCGGGGAAAGUGCAAUGGGAAAGGAUUAGUGCUGCCGCCAUGCAUUGUUCGGGGGCAGCCGCGGGUUGGGGUGGGGAGGAGAUGGGAUUUUAUUUGUGGGGUUUUAAAUUGCUGUCCAAGGAGCGAGUUCCUGGGCUAGUGAGUCUGAGUGCCGCCCGAGGAGCAGCUGCUUGUUGCCCAGCAGAGAACGCUCCAGGUAGCCUGGGCCACGCACACCUGCCCGCAGGUGCAGUGACGAUGGCUCCUGUGAAGAUUCCUGUCUGCCACCUGCCAGGGCCCAAAAUCCUGCUGUGGGAGCUGCACUGAGCUCCAUUGGUGUGGGAGAGGCCCUGGGCCGGAGGCAGGACAGGAAGCGUUGCCUGCGGACUCCAGCCUGAGCAAUAGGCUCCACGGGAGGCCUGAGCCCCAGGAGCCAGUGAGGGUGCUCUGUGCCCCCUGCCCUCCAGUAGGGACGGGAGUGCUCACAGAAAUGAAUUCAUACGGCAAAAGAAUCCAAGUUUGCAAACUCUUUGUCCUGCCCUGUAGAGCAGGAGCUGUCUGGCUGCACUGGCCGCAUGGUAGGUGACACAGUAAGUUGGCUGCAAUGUGUGCCCCUGGAGCCUGGGGACUUGAUUCCUGCCUGGGGAGGAGUGCCCCAAGGUCUCUGCAGGCAGAGCUGUGCUUGGCAGGCUGUGAGCUCCCUCCCUCUUGUGCUUUAGCGUCCAGACACUGGAUUCCCUGUCAGUUUUGCAUUCUCCCCAGGCAGGAAAAUGGUCCAUAAAUAUUCAAUUUAUUUAAAUGGGCAGAAAUCUCCCCCCCUCCGCACACAGGACUGGCUGCCUGUGGAUUUAAUGCUGUGAACUAGGGAGGGUUCCCUGUGGCUUUGUGCCGGGGCAGGUGGGCUCCCAGUGCUAUGGUGCUUUGCUAAGGACACUGCAGUCCUUUCCCUGGUGCGGUGAAGAGAUGUCUCCAAUUUGACAUGAGAGUUUCCAAGGCAGGGGGAAGGAUCCUCCCCUGUGAGGGCCCAGAUGGCAGCCGUUGGGCCGCCUGAACUGGACCAUUCUUUGCUGUUCUGAAGUGGCUUCCUCAGUCAGGUACCACGUCCUUUUCCUUGAGCCACUUGAAAACUCAAAUGAUCCUGGCCUCCCGCAGGGAUCUGCUGCAUGUCUGUGUGGCCCAGCUGCCUCCAGGGCUCUCCCAUGGCUCCUUCUGAUCCAAAGCCCUGGGCAUGAGGGCAGCGUAUGCCCAUGGUGCUGAUGGUGGUAUGAGCUGCUGCUCCUCUGUCCCCUCUGCCUGCUUUGCCACUGAUCCCCAAGCAGCUUUUCCGUCUCAUUCCACACAGUGGGGCUGCACCCUGGGGUCACUGCAAGGGGGCAGUGUUGCACGCUCUGCCCAGCCCAUGGCCUGGCUUGUCUGCUCCUUAAAGGCUGAGGCAGUACAGCUCCAGCUUUAGCCUUUGCUGUGCUCAGAGGAACAUCCCCCACAACUGCCAGACCAGCAGCAAGAGCAAUAACCCGACCCAGCCUGCUGCUGGGGCCAUGGUGCUGUGUACAGCUCCAGUGCCCUACUGUGCCAAAGCCCAUGGCAGGGUCACCUGGAGCCUCUCUCGGGAUGGCUGCCUCUGCCCCCAGUCAGCAUUACCCGGUGCUUACGAGCGACCCGUGCCAGCAGCUGAGGGUGAAGGCAGAAAGGUGAGUGGCUGCAUUAAGGUUACAUGGCUCUGAGCUUUCCUCCUCCCUUGCCUGUCCCCAUGGCCCCCUGCACAACGGGGAGCACCUUUGCCAUGGAGCGAGGCCAAGGCUGGCUGUCAGGGCUGGCAAUAGGAAUGGGGAGGGGGCAGCAUCAAGAUGGAGUUAGAAAGUGCUUAUUACUUAGCCUCUCAGUGCUUCCCCUCCUUCCUGCUUCUCAGGUCAGGGCUCCUGGUUGUCCUGUCCACACCACGCAGGAGUGCCAGAUCCCCUCUCAUCAAGGUGAGGGAACUCCGUCUUUACGGCUGCUCAGUGCAGUCCUGCCCUGCCUUAACUGCGCACAAGCAGGCAGCAUGGCCUGUGCCCUGGGAGGCAGGACCCUGGGUACUAUUCCUGGCUCUGCCACUGAUGCAGGCAAACUCAGGCAAGUCUCUUCCCCAGCUGUGAAAGGGGGGGUAUGUGGGUACCCUCCCAGGGCAGUUAAUUAUGUGCUGUUUAGUCCAGGGGUUAGCACCCUUUGGUAUCUUCACUGUGGGCCCCACUGCUAAGCUAGACUCCACCAAGAGCCUCAGUCAGAAUCCCUGCUCCAUGCUAUUGUCUGCCGCUGGCUGUGGUUUUAUCCCACGUCCUCUCUGGUGCCAGCCCUGGCUGUAGCUCUAGCAUCCCUGUGUGAGGCUAACGUGCCAGAGAAAGCAGCGAAGCGCCGCUCUGCGUAAGGGCGUCUGUGGCCAGUACAGCGAGGGGGCUCGGGGCAGCGUGGAGAGAGGCAAAGGGAUGGUGAGGGAUGCAUGGAGUGAGCCUAGCCAGAGCGGGAAUGCAGCAAGUAAAGCACUCGCCCCUGUUCUGCUGGCUGAGGCACCUCAUGCAGGGACCCAGCGAUGCCAGGGGCGGCUGAGGCAGGACACCAGGACUUAGAGCUUUGGGAACAGCCACCCAGCCUGUGCAGAUGGGGUUUGAGAGGCCCCUUCUGCUGAAGAAACACCACAAAAGCCCCUUAAGCCCCCUCCAGCUGCCACUCCCUGGCCCCUGGUGGGUGUUGGGAGGGUCUGAGGCUUGCCCCAUGGGAGAACAGCAGCUAAUUCUGGCUCCUUUGCCAAAGAACGGAAGGGCAGUGAGAGGCCACAGUCAGCGGGAGCCUGCCCAAGAAUGGCUGCCAGCAGCUUCUUUGCCUGCCCUCUGCUGUGCCUGAGGAGUGCUCAAGGGGCUCGUGAACCCUUCCAGGGCCUGCAAGGGUGGUUGUAGCCAAAAGCCGUAUUUCGCGCUGUGUCCCGGGGAGCUGGGUGCUGCCCCACUCCUCCAGCACAGCGCCUCUGCCAUGAGCUAAGGGGACACCAGUAAUGCAAGGUGCUGUGCUGGGCACUAAGCUGGGGGCCAGCUGCCCUUGCAGGGGCCCCAGCCCCAUGGAAUAGUUUUGCAUGUUGGCUUAAGUCCCUGUGCUGCUCUUGGGCCAGGCUUAGUGGGCUGGGGGUUCCCCUAGUCUGCAGGGCAGAGGUUCCAGUACCCACCCCCCUCCCAUACCAGAGGGACAGGAGUCUGAGCUGAGGGCCUGCCCCACAUUCCGGGGUGGUGUGCCACAGCCGAGUGGUCACUCCAGCUGUGGGCAGCACAUCCAGCCUGCAAGUUGCUGCGGCAGGAGCUUUUUGGCUGUAUGGCUCCUUGUGCCUGAGAGGCUGCUCAGCUGGACCUGUUAACGAGAGCACCUAACAAGGCACCAGCAGGGACUAACCUGCCAUGGCACCAGGCUGCUCCUGGCCAGGCAAAUGCUGAGGGCUGGGAUUCCAGCAGCUUGUCUGAAUCAGCGCACAGGUGUGGGCAGCUCCCUCCGGAAAGGGGAUGCUCCCAGUGCUGUAAUCAGCAGAAGGCUGCUUGCUCUGCACCCUGUGCUGAGCUAAUCCCGGCUGCUUUGCUCUUGGGCUGGGGCCAGUCAGCUCUGCUCCCAGACUUCUGUGCUUUCUUGUGAGGGAGGGCCCCCGGGGGUGUACGCCUAUGGGCUUCUGGAACAGGUGCCUCCCUGCAGCCCCCCUCCCCUCCGGUGCUAGGGGGAGGGAGCCUGGCCUCCCAUGGCAUACGUGGAGGCCUGAGCAGGGACCUGGCUUUGGAUCUACACCACAGGUAUGUGCUCCCUCCUGGGCCUGGGAGGGCCUGGGAGAGCAGCUGCCACCCCUGCCCGGCCCAACAGUGUCCCCACAUUCCUUGUGUCUGGUCUGGCUGCACCACAGCGGUCUCCCCAGGCCCUCUUUUCAGGGCAGAAACCUUACGCCAGGUGACUUACUCCAUUGAAUACAAGGUUUUUAGGAGACUUUUGUAGCGCUUUGAUAUUUACACUUAUUGCUACCAUUGUUUGUAAAUCUAUUUAUUUUUUACCUGCAUUUUUUCAUUUUUUAAAAGGUCUGUUUUUAUAUCGCAAUGGAUGUCAUAAUAAAGAGAUUUGCACACAGGAAGGCUGGGGGGUAUCUUGGAGGGGAGGGGGGCAGCUGCCUUCUUGGCCCUAGAACUGAGUGUCCCCCCCCCGGCCAGAGCAGCUCUGCCAGGAGCCUGGCUUGGUAACUGAGUGU